AUGGGCUUCUUCGGCGGUAGUACCAAAAAGAAAGAUAACAAAUCAAACUAUGAUAGUGAUGCUAUCAAAGUUGAAAUCUCAGCACCAACCGACUUCAAAAGAGGAGUGCAUAUUGAAGUAGAUCUAAACCAAGGAACAUUGAAAGGUGUACCAUCUGCAUGGAAAGAUACAUUUGGAGAUAGUGCUCAAUAUGAAGAAGAUGUUUCUCAAGUCAACCCAAACCUUCUCCCUUCCAUCAGUACAUCAUCAUCAGAGGAAAAAGUACAAGGACUAGUCAUUUCAAAGCCAUUCGAGUUCAAACACAACAUCCAUGUUGACUACAACAGCGAGACUGGUUUUGUUGGUCUCCCUCCAGAAUGGGAAUCCAUGUUGAAAUCAUCAGGUAUUACGAAGAACGAAGCUAUGGAAAACCAAGAAGCAGUAUUAGGUAUUUUGGACUUGGCAACAAACAACAUGCAAAGACCUGAUGAAACAGCAGCCAAACAAAAACCAAUUGGUGGAAAGAAGCGCCUUGUUGACUACCUUCAAAACGAAGAUCCAACAAAAGUGUUUGGUAAACUUCAAAGACUUGACGAAGGUUCUUCAGGAGUUGUUUAUAAAGGCAUUCAUAACAAGACAGGAAUGAAGGUUGCUAUCAAGAUUAUUCAAAUCAAAGCAGAUACAAAAUUAGAAACAUUGGAGAAUGAAAUUGCUAUGAUGCACUCGUGUCAACAUGAAAACAUUGUAAAGUACGUGGGAGCCUACUCUCACAACCAAGAUCUUUGGAUUGUCAUGGAAAUGAUGAGUGGUGGUAAAUUGACUGAUUUACUCUUGAAUACUCAAUUUACUGAACCAGAGAUUGCAGCUGUUUGUAAAGAAACUUUGAAAUCUCUCAAAUACCUUCAUGACAAUCAAAGAAUUCACCGUGACAUCAAAUCAGAUAACAUUCUUUUAGGUGAGGGUGGUGAAGUUAAAUUAGCUGACUUUGGCUUUUGUGCUGAACUUUCCCAAACAUCAGACAAGAGACGAUCUGUUGUCGGAACUCCAUAUUGGAUGGCUCCUGUAAGUAUUAUGGCCCUUGAAAUGGCCGACGGUGAGCCACCAUUGCUUGACUUACCACCAUUGAGAGCUUUGUUUAUUAUUGCAACUCAACCUCCUCCAACCUUGAGAGAACCUGAGAAGUGGUCCAACACCUUUAAAGAUUUCUUAGCUUGUGCUCUCGCAAAGAAUCCACAAAAGAGAGCCUCAGCUGAUGAACUUUUAGCCCACCCAUUCAUUCAGAAAGCAUGUGACACAAAAUUCCUAGUUGAACUGAUUAAGAAGUACAGAUUAAAGAAGUAA